CCCUCCCUCCCUCCUUCAGUCGUCCGUCAGUCGGGGGCCCGGACUGUCAUGGCGGCCCAGGCCCUCCCUCCUUCUCCUCAGGCCCCUCAGGCCCCCAGCGGGAUUCGCCUCAGCGCGCUUUGUCCCAAAUUCUUGCACACAAAUUCUACCAGUCACACUUGGCCAUUCAGUGCAGUUGCUGAAUUGAUAGAUAAUGCUUAUGAUCCCGACGUGAAUGCCAAACAGAUCUGGAUCGACAAAACUGUGAUAAAUGACAACGUCUGCUUGACGUUCACUGAUAACGGAAACGGUAUGACUUCAGAGAAGUUACAUAAAAUGCUCAGCUUUGGCUUCAGCGACAAAGUCACAGUGAACGGCCGGGUGCCCGUCGGACUGUACGGCAACGGCUUCAAAUCGGGCUCUAUGCGCCUGGGGAGAGACGCGAUCGUUUUCACCAAAAACGGCGAGAGCCUGAGCGUGGGCCUGUUGUCCCAGACCUACCUGGAGACCAUCAAAGCCGAACACGUCGUCGUCCCCAUCGUGGCGUUCAACAGGCAGCGGCAGAUUGACAAUACUGCGGAAUCCAAAGCCAACCUCAGGGCAGUCCUGGCUCAUUCUUUGUUUUCAACAGAACAGAAGUUACUAGCAGAACUCGAUGCCAUCAUGGGUAAAAAAGGGACAAGGAUCAUCAUUUGGAAUCUUCGAAGAGACAAAAACGAGGCCACGGAGUUUGAUUUUGAUAAAGAUAAAUACGACAUCAGAAUCCCUGAAGAGAUCGAUGAGACGACUGGUAAAAAAAGAUAUAAAAAGCAGGAAAGGAUGGACCAGAUUGUACCCGAAAGUGACUAUUCGCUCAGAGCUUAUUGCAGCAUUCUGUAUCUGAAACCAAGAAUGCAGAUCAUUUUAAGAGGACAAAAAGUGAAGACGCAGCUGGUCUCCAAGAGUCUUGCUUACAUCGAACAGGAUAUUUACAGACCCAAGUUUUUGGCCGCAAAAACGGUGAGAAUCACCUUUGGGUUUAACUGCAGAAAUAAAGAUCAUUAUGGGAUAAUGAUGUAUCAUAGCAACAGGCUCAUCAAAGCUUAUGAAAGAGUUGGAUAUCAGUUAAAGGCAAACAAUAUGGGUGUCGGUGUAGUCGGAAUUAUAGAAUGUAACUUCCUAAAGCCAACUCACAAUAAACAAGAUUUCGACUACACCAAUGAAUACAGGCUCACGAUAGGAGCACUGGGUGAUAAACUCAAUGAUUAUUGGAAUGAAAUGAAAGUGAAGAAAAAUGAAGAACACUCUCAGAGCUUACUGGUAGAAGACAUUCAGAAACGGCCCGAUCAGAUGUGGGUUCAGUGUGACUCCUGCCUCAAGUGGCGGAAGCUGCCAGAUGGGAUCGAUCACCUUCCGGACAAAUGGUACUGCUCCUUGAAUCCAGACCCCCAGUUCAGGAGUUGUAACGUGCCCGAAGAACCCGAAGAUGAAGACCUGGUGCAUCCUACUUAUGAAAAAACAUACAAAAAAAAAGACAGAGAGAAAUUCAAGAUCAAGCAACUGGAAUGCACCCCCCAGAUUAGCCACGAAGUAUUGUGUGGAAAAUCGUCUUCUGUUUCCUCAAGUAAAAACUUCACCACCCUUGUGAAGGAGAAUAACCCAAGGUUGCAACUGACAGACAUGGGAAAAACUAUCAUCACUAGGUCCGUAAAUAGUGCAAAUAGACAAUCUUCAACUCCGUCCGACGCGGAUUGCAAUAGCAUCAAGCGGAGGCUGCCUUCCUCCACGCCGUUGAGCGCGAAGAUUCCCAGGUUAAACGGGCAGGCCCCUGACGAGUCGUUUGAAGCAGAGGAUGAUGAUGAAGAUGUCAUCAUUUUAGAGGAAAGUAGCACCCCCAAGCCUGCCGCCGACGACUGUGUGACAAUAAUAAAAAUUGAACCGGGGCACCCAGAGCAAAGCAGCCCACAUAAAGAGAGCGCGGCCAACAAAAGCACGUGGGAAGAGAGCGGUUCGGGACCCAGAUGCGAACAGGGCACGGCGGCAACCCAGACCGAAAUCCCGAGCCUCAUUGUGAAAAAAGAAGAAGGCAUCGAGGAUGAGAUUGAUGCACGAAAUGGCGCCUUGACGCAGCAGCCCGGGAGAGACGCCGAAACGAGCAAGGAAGCCGUUUCCCGGGACCGUGGUGAUGCCGGAACCCAGUUAGCGGACCUGAGAAAUCAGCUUCUCCUGGCGUGCCAAGAGAAAGACGACUACCGGAAACAGUGCGACGGGUUAACUGAGCGGGUGAAAGCCCUGGAGCAGAAAAUCCUCGAAAUGAACGAUAAGUCCGUGAAGAAAGAGGUCUGCCACCAGUCAACGGAAAUAGAUGAGGAGUUGCUAGGGGAGACGCCCGCCGUUGUCCCUGGGAGCUCGGGGGGUCAGGGAGCGGACCAGCUAGCGGUUCGCUACGAACAGGCCCUGAGCGAGGUGCAGAAGCUGAAGGAACAGUGUGAGACCCUGCAGAACCUGAAGGCCGAAUGCAGCAAAUGCUCAAACCCCGAGAAUAAAACCGAAGUGGACGAAAUGGCCGUCCAGCUUGAUGAUGUCUUCAGACAGCUGGAUAAAUGCAGUAUUGAACGAGACCAGUAUAAAAGUGAGGUGGAGCUGUUAGAAGUGGAAAAAACCCAAAUGGGUUUUCAGUGCGAAGAACUCAAAACGGAAGUUGAGCAGUUAAAAGCUUCGGUUCCCCAAGCGCCAGGCACGGAGAAUUCUGCAACCGGUAAUGUUGAAGACUCUGUGAAGUAUUCUGAUGGGGAAAGCUUUAAACUGCGAUCGCUCCGAGUGAACGUCGGCCAGCUGCUGGCAACGAUGAUGCCCGACCUAGACCUGCAGCAAGUAAAUUACGACGUCGACGUCGUGGAUGAAAUUCUAGGACAAGUCGUUGAACAAAUGCAUGAGAUCCGUAGUACUUAAAAUCCACUUUUUAUAAGGCAAUAAAGGCGUUUGCUCAAUCUUCCUCCAUAUUGUACAGUAUUGAAGCUCAAGGUAUUUCUUUUGAAAAGGUAUAAUAGGUGAUGUGCCUAAAGUACCGUAAUCUCCAAGGCUGAAGUAUGUAUUCUAUGCACUCUAAGCUCACGGUGACUCUACGGCCACUGCGUCGCAAAGCGGCUUGCGGGCCGCCAAGGCAGCUAAACAGCAAGCUCCCGGAGAGCCCCGACGUCCCGCGGCAGCAGGGUUCCACCCUAACCGCCAGAAGAAACAACCAGCGGGCUUUUUUCCAUGUUUCCGCCUCCCAGGAAUCCUUCCAGCCUCUGGGAAGCCCAAGGCUGACUUGGUGAUUGACGAGUCCACCUGCAGCUAGACAAUCACCACGUCGAUACCCCCCGGGGCUCCACAGACGGCCAAGAGACCGAGGAGCCCUAGGCUCCGAUAGAGGUCACGGGCUCCCGGCCGGGACAUCGAGCCAUCUCCGAAGGGCCUCGGCAAGGAGAGCGUCCCAAAGGAAUCUCGGGGGCAUCUCGAUAUCCUCCCCCGGACUCCUUCCGCUAUUGAGGAGGAGGCCCUCGAAAACAUAAAAUAUCUUCCAACCCGGAUAGGCGUGGCGCUCACCCCGACAGUCGAGGAAGUCAUCGCGGCAAUCGGAGCCUUGGAUCGUAGCGAGACGGCUGGCCCCGAUGACGCACCCGCGUAGACCUGAUCGUCACCGAGGGAGCGCCCCGCAGACACACGUCCGCAAGGUUGGCGUUGGAGUCUUAGGACCGAGCCCUCUUUCCUCCCCUUCCAGUUCCUCCCGGGAGACGCCAUCUUCAGCAUGUGGAACGGAAGAGACGCCUCGAAGACGUCACCGCCUUCAAGAAGAACCCCCGAAUCCCGCAGUCGCCGAGGCGGUCCGUCGCGCUACAUCGCCGGCGCGGUCCUGGCCGGGGUAUUUCUCGCUCACCCGUCGAAGAAGACGGUCGACCCAGGGCUCCCAGGACCACAGCGCGGCUUCGGUCCCCGGCGUCGGGCAGCGGACGUGACCUGUCAGAUCCGGGAAAAGCUGCGGAGAGAAGAGCCGAGACCUCUACGUUUUUCUGAGACCUUAACGAAAGCGUGGGAUUCGUUACUAGGGCCGGAAUCGGGCCGGCCCGAAAAGUUGGUUAGGCUGCCGGGAAGACUCCGCGGUGGCCCGGCUUCCCGAAUAAUCAGAGCCAUCGUGGUAAAGCGGGGAUGCCCGGUCAGUUCCUCGUCUGGGCGAAUCUGUUCUCUGCAGCCAGGCUGGGGGAGGCAACGAGAGACCUAGACGUGAUCUGGUUGCAGGGUCCGACUGAGCUUCUCCACCCUUGGGGAGACCCUUCCCACCCAACAGACUCGGAGCCCUGUCCCGAAUCCUCAUCGGUCAUUGAAGGAUUACCGAACGCAGGCGACUGCGCUUUAGAGGCACACACCCGAGAAGAAACGAGAACGACCGUUAAGUUGCUUUGCCAAAUCAGCCGGCCGUUUCGGGCCGGCGGUAAGUCGACAGGUAAACCGAGGUAUCGGAGGGCGCCCGGGAGGCCGUGGAGGUCACCGAAAAUCUAGUCGGGCAACGCAGAACUAAACGCCGUCACUGAAUUCUGUUCCCUAGGCAGCCCAUCCCACAGCAGAGGGACGGGACAGAAGAUCAAGCGGGAGGUUGUCAAAUAUACGGUGGCGACCGCAUGACUCCAGGCCCAACUAAAGAUCCCAGAGCUCUAGUGGUGUUCUGUGAGUCGUCGCCACAGAUAUCACACGGGAUUCCUUCAGGGGUGGUUAUAGUAGUAGUGGUACCCACCGAGUGUGAUAACGUGGGGGAAAAUACAGCAGAUGCACAAGACACUUUCCUUGCCCUCAAGGAGUUUGCACUCCAGCAGGAGGGGCGACAGACGUAAAAAAAAAAAAAUAGAAUCAGAAUAAACGAGCAUUCAAUCAAAUACACCACGCAUAUACGCCGGUCAGUUGGAUCGAUAAGAUUUGUAAUAUGAGUUAAUUAGUCGGAAAAGGCAAACGAGCGCCUUGAUGAACUCGGUAUCAAAGAGGAAGACGGGAACGCGAGAAAUGGCUCCUCUGCCCGUCUCACUCCAGCUCUGCCGGGUGGAAAGGGAGAGAAGAACGGGCGUCCAGGCGCGGUGUGGGGAACUGAAACUGAAAACAAGAGGACGGAGGGAACCUUUGAAGGCCCCCGUAACCCCAAGGCCUAGGCUGAAAACCGGGAGUCGAGCGUCACAGACGGGCGCGGCACGCGGCAGUCGAGAAAGGAGCAGCUCUUUGGGAGCGGAGCUUCCUCGGUUCCACGACACGAGGCAAAGCGAAAACACCACCGGACGACAGACGCGACGGUAUCGGUGUGUGAAAUUUCCUACUGGUGACGCCUUCUUUGAGCCCGAAGGACCACCGUGUAUAUCUAUGCACUCGAAAGUUGCCACGAAUGUAGUGGAUACUUUAUCGGAUCUUUUAAAAAAAAAAAAAUCCCCGUUAGCUCUCGAUCUCAACAGAUCCAAGAUUGGCCUAACUACUAAGGAUCGUUUUGAACUGUUUAUGUAUCUGUAAUUAAGUCUGCUCAGAUUUUCUAUGCUCAUGUUGGGAAUUUGACUGUUUCUAUGAAGGCUUUUCGGUUCCCCUUGAACUUUGGUGCAAUUUCCCUGAUCUCCCAAAGUUGCCUCCGUUUCCAAAAUGGGAGAUCUGGUAACUGUUAGAUUGUAAAAUCCAUAAGGGCAGGAAUCGUAGCUUUUACCUCUAGCUAACUCUCCCAAGUGCUUAUAUAGUGCUGUCUGCGCAGGGUGGAUUCUUUUUUU